AAAAAGUAAAAAAUAUGUGUUUAUAUUAUUUGAGUUGACCAACAUAUGCGUACAGUUAACUCUAGCAAACUAAAAAAACUGCAGUGAUUCAUUGAUCGAUGUUUUCUUGGUCUCCAGCCCAAGUCGAAGAUCUCAGCGUCUCGCAAGCUCUCCCUCAAAAUCCUGCUCCUCACCAGAGCGUGUGAGGCGUUGGAGUGUGAGCGUCAGGAGCGGGAGGAGGAGAAGGAGCGCUACCUCGGGGAGAAGCUGCCCCCCCUGCAGCUGUCCGGGCUGAAGAUGGAGGAACUACAAAAUCUAUGCAAAGAGCUUCAUUCAAAAAUUGACCUUGCGGAUGAGGAGCGAUACGACUGCGAGCACAAAGUGAUCAAACACAACAAAGAUAUCAGCGAACUGAAGAUGAAGGUCCAGGACCUGGGAGGGAAGUUUAAGAAGCCGGCCCUGAGGAAGGUGAGGGUGUCGGCAGACGAGAUGAUGAGGGCCCUCCUGGGCUCCAAGCACAAGGGCUCCAUGGACCUCAGGGCCAACCUGAAGUCUGUGAAGAAGGAGGACGUCAAAACAGACAAGGUGCUCACGUCUGAGGUGAGCGACUGGCGUAAGAACGUGGAGGCCAUGUCCGGGAUGGAGGGUCGUAAGAAGAUGUUCGACGCGGCCGGCGGCGGUCAGUGAGUGGCCCCGGAUCCAGGAACCAGAGACGGUUGAAAGCUUUGAAAAUUUCGGUAAAAAAGUGUAACAAUAAAUAAAUAAGGUGAUUGCUUACCUGACAGUUAACCCUGCUUUUAUCGCGUUGACGGACAUUUUCUGUGAAAACCCGAAGGGAAUGAGAUCCAGGAGUGCCCCCCCACCCCCUCCAGGAGUGCCCCCCCACCCCCUCCAGGAGUGCCCCCCCACCCCCUCCAGGAGUGCCCCCCCACCCCCUCCAGGAGUGCCCCCCACCCCCUCCAGGAGUGCCCCCCCACCCCCUCCAGGAGUGCCCCCCCACCCCCUCCAGGAGUGCCCCCCCACCCCCUCCAGGAGUGCCCCCCCACCCCCUCCAGGAGUGCCCCCCCACCCCCUCCAGGAGUGCCCCCCCACCCCCUCCAGGAGUGCCCCCCCACCCCCUCCAGGAGUGCCCCCCCACCCCCUCCAGGAGUGCCCCCCCACCCCCUCCAGGAGUGCCCCCCCACCCCCAACCCCCUUGAGUUGCUCGUCUUUUAUUUAUCUCCAGAAUUAUUGUGUGGGUAGUUACUAGUGCAUCUGAAGGACGUAAGUAAAUAGAAAUAAACAAAAGUUAUCUGGUUUCAGUUGUGCCUUUGUUUCUACCAGAGUGUGUCUCUGUUAAAGUCUAUGUGAAACAUGUAGCGUACUUUCGAACUUUAAUAAGUAGAAAAUGUUGAUGAGGACUUUUUGGGACACAAAAAAUGUGAUUGAAUCUGUCAGGAUGUUACAUAAGGCUAUUACAGACUUUACGAGGAAUGGAAUGGAAAUGUGUGAUAUCAGUUCAAAUGGCAAGCCUACCAACUACUAACAAAAACCUGACUCCCAGCAGGGGAGAGAAUAGAUGCACAGGUGAAGGAUUUGCUAACAAGGGGAAAAAACAGAAAUGUUCAAUUCAUGUUGUCUUUAAGUCUUACUCAUUGGUUGAUCAGUUCACCUGAUGAUAGGUCAGAAGAUAAGAGGGGAGGGGCUACAACAGGUGCUACCCCCCCGUUCUAUCUAUCUAUAGUGCAGCAGAGUGCUGAACAGACCGUUCCCUGUUCUUCAAAUUGAGUCGAUUUGGAAACAAAUGUUUUAUUAGAACUUUAGAACAUUGUGGUUUUCUUAAAUGUAGGAGGGUGUUCAAUGUGGUUUUAUUCAUUCUCUAUGCUGAUUGGUGAAUACAUCUUCAAACUCCGUC